AUGCUUAAUAGUAUAGCGAGCAAGAUUUUGCCGCAACAGAACCCUUUACUGCCAGUAUUACCCAAUGAGAUCAAAUCCAUCGAUGAUGAAGAAGUGACGCAAUGGCAAAACAAGUUCAAAUUAUGCACAGAUAAAUUGAAUGGGAUUCAAACAGAGUGCUCGAACCAUGCCACUUACUGGUCAGCUUUUUUUGAGAAUCAGAUUAGCUUGACUAAAUCAUUUAUCGGUGCUAAUGUCGAGCUUCAAAAUAACCCAGAUGAUGGCGACACCGCCAACAACUUGGGGAAAUUUGAUGAGUUAUUAAUAAAGACAAGACAAGAUACCAAUAAAAAAUUGUUGGGGUUUGAAAAGAAAAUUUCUUCUCGUAUAAAAGAUAUGAAAUCAUACGUGGAUUCUAUGACCAAAUUGUUUAAUAAACGGAAGGACAAGAAAAUCGAACAGGGGAAACAUGAUUACUACUUUCGUUUGUACGAAACCAAACAAUUAGCAGCAAUUGAAGAUGAAAAUGCUUUGGCGUUGACCACCAAGGAAUCAGAAGAAUUGGAGAAUUUGCGGAAAAUGUUAUCACGAGUGGAGAAAGAGAUUAUCAAGAUCGAGACCCAAAUGGUGGAAACCUUCCCAGCGGCAAUGAGAAUGUAUAUCGAAUUUGUCGAUAAUUUAUCAGAUGUGAUUUAUUACGAUGCUCAAGAGAUUUUUGAAUUAGUCAACCUGAACUUGGAAGAAUUCCAGAAUGCCCGGCCAGAAUUCAGGAAAUCAUACCCUGAAAUUUGGGAUAGCUGGCAUAAUGACCUAACAUCCAUUAAGCGUCAAAUCAACCAUUCAGAAAUUCUUACCGGACAUGCCAACGGCAAACAUUCCAAGAGUUUUGAAGUUUCCCCUCCUCAACCAAGUUCCCAAUUGUUAAAUAGUCAAGCAACCUCAAUAAACCACAAACCACACACAGCCGUGAACAACACCACUCCAACUAUUAAUAAUGAAAGCCGACUAAAAUUGAACUCUUCAGGAAUGAGAACUAUGAACUUGAAUUCAGGGGUUCGCAGACUGAAAACAAUGUCCCAUCGUCGCACGGGGUCCAAAAAUUUGGAUAUAAAGUCUAUGGUGGUUGACGCGUCUAACAAAGAAGGCAACAGCAAUUCGUCAUCAGGGCUUGGAUUACAAUUACACGACUACAAGAAUUCUAAACGAAUCUCCGGGCGAUCAUUCAGUAAUUAUUCUGUGGAUUCUCCUGGCAUUCAACAACUUCCUCAGCCAAGUUAUGAAAUUUGCGACAAUCAAUCUUUCAAUCUGUCACACUCGUCGUUAGCUGAAGAAGAUAAUUCUCAGCUUGACCAUAAAUUAUCGAAUUCAUCGCCUUCGAUGUCACCGAUGAGACCUAGUCUGAAACGUUCAUCGAUAUUGUCGUUUGAUUCGCUUACUGGUGGUAAUGGCUUGAGUUUCAACAACAACAGUACCGGGAAUCUAAAUAGCAACAAACGACUAAGUGCUUUUUCUGCAACCCCUGGUAGCAACGUACCGGGGUCGGCUAAUAGUAUUAAUCGUCUUAGUGGGGUUUAUAAUAGAAGAUCGGCGAUGCUCAUGGGUAAUGCCAAAAGCUCCUCGGUGGCAAUUAAUGACAAUAUGAUGAUCCACGAAUGUCCGGUCACUACACAAUUUAAACCAGAAGAUCAGAAGUUGGUAGCGAGAGUCAAGCUCAUGAAAUCGAUGGCAGCACAAACGUUUUUGAACUAUUCGGGAUAUUAUGAAAAUGUUGACAGUCAGUAUGAUUAUCGAACACUUUUACAAAGAUCGAAACAAGGAAUGCGAUUGGAUCGUUUCGAGAAUGAAAAGUUACAACUGGUGGAAGCCACGAAAGAUUUUGAAAGUAACGAGAUGGGUACUUUGGGUUUUAUGAAAGAUGAAAAGUUGUACGUUAUUUCGGAGGAUAAAUUGAAGAAAGGAUGGAGUAUUGGGAAGUCCGCAGAUGGAAGGAUUGGGCAAUUUCCUCUGGAUUUUGUCCAGGUAGUAUCUUAG